AUGUCUGUUCCUGUCGAAAAGCAGAAGGUCCUGGGCAUGCCGCCCUUCGUGGCCGACUUCCUUAUUUUCCGACCUCGGCGAGCUGAUCCCGUGGGAGGUGUCUCCGCCGCUGUCUCCAAGACUGCCGCCGCUCCCAUUGAGCGUAUCAAGCUUCUCAUCCAGAACCAGGAUGAGAUGCUUAAGCAGGGUCGUCUUGACCGCAAGUACGACGGUAUCGCCGACUGCUUCCGCCGUACCGCCGCCGAUGAGGGUGUCAUGUCUCUGUGGCGUGGUAACACUGCCAACGUCAUCCGUUACUUCCCUACCCAGGCCCUGAACUUCGCUUUCCGCGACAAGUUCAAGCAGAUGUUCGGCUUCAAGAAGGAGCGUGACGGAUACGCCUGGUGGAUGGCUGGUAACCUGGCCUCCGGUGGUGCUGCCGGUGCCACUUCCCUGCUCUUCGUCUACUCCCUCGACUACGCCCGUACCCGUCUUGCCAACGACGCCAAGUCCGCCAAGAAGGGUGGUGAGCGCCAGUUCAACGGUCUCGUUGACGUCUACCGCAAGACCCUCGCCUCUGACGGUAUUGCCGGUCUCUACCGUGGUUUCAUGCCCUCCGUUGCUGGUAUCGUCGUCUACCGUGGUCUGUACUUCGGCAUGUACGAUUCCAUCAAGCCCGUCGUCCUUACCGGUAACCUCGCCAACAACUUCCUUGCCUCUUUCGCCCUUGGAUGGCUCGUCACCACCGGUGCCGGUAUCGCCUCUUACCCCCUUGACACCAUUCGUCGUCGCAUGAUGAUGACCUCUGGUGAGGCCGUCAAGUACAAGUCUUCUUUCGACGCUGGCAAGCAGAUCAUCGCCAAGGAGGGUGUUAAGUCUCUCUUCAAGGGUGCCGGUGCCAACAUUCUUCGUGGUGUUGCCGGUGCUGGUGUCCUGUCCAUUUACGACCAGCUCCAGGUUCUGCUCUUCGGCAAGGCCUUCAAGGGUGGCUCUGGCUAA